AUGGCAUCUGGCAGCUCGUCGACGUCAGCAAACGCCCCGGUGUGUCUCUCUCAGCUGUCAGUCCCAGUCUUCACUGGCCAAGAGUAUGGGCGGUGGAAUCUGCGGAUGAAGACUGUGUUCAAGUCACAAGAGCUGUGGGAUUUGGUUGAGAAUGGCUGGACAGAGUUGAAGGAUGAAGCAGUAGAGAGGGAGAACCGGAAGCGAGAUGCGAAGGCGUUGUGUCUCAUCCAGCAAACCGUGGAUGGUCCAAAUCUCGACCAGAUCACGGAAGCCAAAUCAGCGCACGAUGCGUGGGAGAUCUUGAGAAAGCAUUGUCUUGGUACCUCCAAGGUACUGUCGGUGAGAAUCCAAGCUCUCCGGCAGGAUUUUGAGACGUUGCAGAUGGGAGACGAAGAUGGGGUCCAGGGAUAUAUCUCGCGAGUCAUCACUAUCACUAACCUGAUUAGAGCUCUUGGGCACAAACUCAAGGAACCAGAAGUAGUGUCCAAAGUGCUCAGGAGUCUGGCACCGAAGUUCGACUGGGUUGCUGUCGCAAUCGAGGAGUCGAAGGAGAUUGCAAAGCUCACUUUGGAAGACCUUUGUGGUACUCUGCAAGCGCACGAGGUGAGAGUGAAUCGUGCUGCAGGGAAAGUGGGUGAGAAAACUCUUCAAGUCAAGAGCAAACAUCCUAUAGAAAGUUACAGCAAGGGUGGUGGUGCUGGGAGCUCGUGGGUGAUGGCAGAGGCCGUGGAAGGUCAUUUGCUCGCAGGAGAGGCAAAGCACGAGGCGGUCGUGGAAGAGGCUUGA